CUAAGGCCGAAGUGAAAAUCAAUAUCGGCAUUAGUAGAGGGGGAAACAUCCCUUUGAAUACUGUCAAAGCAAACCUGUUAGAUGCAGUCAAUUUUAUCCGAGAUUUAAAAGCAAAAUGCCUUAGUUCUAAACAAAACAAAAAAGCUAUGCAAAGUUCCUUAGUACCUAAAAAUCGAGUAAGAAUAUAGUUAAAUAUUAAUUUACAUGCUUGUAGCGUAUGUUUAUAUAUGACAUAUAUAUAUACAUAUUAUAUGCAUAUAUGUGGUGCUGCGAUAUUGAUAACAUAAUAUAGAUUUUUCUUGGGAAAACUACAACAUGUCAGUAAAGAUGACUAGAUAUAAGCAAGCUGAAUUUGAAGAUGAAGACAGCAGUAGUAUCGGUUCCGUCGCUCUCAACAGCGAAGGUAUCAGCACGUCGGCUACCCACAUAAGAUAUCAUACAUCAGGUGUUAUACAGGGCACAACGCUAUGGAGGGCUCGCAGUACGAUGGAGAAAUGCCUUGUUAUUACAUGCGCAGCUUUGUUGUUCACGGUAAUAGUAAUGUCAAUUGUAAUAAGCAGUAAAAGCGGCUGGGAUAACGCCCAGAUUUUGCACGUCACAUCGCACAGCGACGACGGUUCGCAUUGCCUGACCGAGCACUGUGUAGUCGUGGCUUCGUCGAUAAUAAACAGCAUGGACAAGGCGGUAAAUCCGUGCGAUGAUUUUUACGAAUAUGCGUGCGGAGGUUGGAUAAAACAGAAUCCAAUUCCAAACGGCAAGGGUACAUGGGGUACGUUCGACAAAUUAGAACAGAAGAAUCAGCUGGUGGUGAAGAAUGUUCUAGAAAAACCGUUGUCAGCGAUCAAGUCCAAGGCUGAGAUAAAGGCUAAGCUAUACUAUAUGUCCUGCAUGGACACUAACGAGACCAUCGAGGCUUUGGGCGCCAAACCCAUGCUCACUUUGCUCGAAGCUAUCGGCGGGUGGAGCAUAUCUGGAAAGUUUAACGUAUCCACUUGGUCGCUUCAAAACAGUAUGCAUAUACUUCAGAACAAGUAUAAUAUGGGCGGAUUAUUUUCGUGGUCGGUAAAUGAGGACGACAAAAACAGUAGUAGACACAUAAUACAAAUCGAUCAGGGAGGACUGACUCUACCAACAACGGACAAUUACCUGAACAAAACAGAGAAUGCCAAGGUGCUGGCUGAGUAUUUGGAGUACAUGACCAAGAUCGGAAUGUUGCUUGGUGGGGAAGAAAAUUCGACCAGGAAACAGAUGCAGGAUAUAAUUGAUUUUGAAACAAAAUUGGCAGAGAUCACAAUACCUCAAGCAGAGAGACGAGACGAGGAAAAAUUGUAUAAUUUAAUGCCGCUGAGCGAAUUGCAACAUCAGGCUCCAUUUAUGCAGUGGGUCGAGUAUUUCAACUAUGCCAUGCGACUAGUUAGCAAGAAGCUGAACAACAAAGUAAUGAUAGUAAAUUUUGCCCCGGAGUAUUUUACCAAUUUGACCAAAAUCAUCGACGGGUACAACAAGAAUGAGGAGGGAAAAGUCAUAUUGAAUAAUUACUUGAUUUGGCAAACUGUACGAUCAUUAACAGCGUACUUGUCAAAGCCAUUCCGAGACGCUUAUAAGGGAUUAAAAAAAGCCCUGAUUGGAUCCGAAGGAGGAGACGAACCAUGGCGCUAUUGUGUCAGCGACACUAAUAAUGUAAUGGGUUUUGCCAUUGGAGCAAUGUUCGUUCGCGAGGUAUUUCACGGACAGAGUAAGCUUAGAGCUGAGGGAAUGAUAGAUGAGAUUCGUCGCGCUUUUACGGAGAACUUGAAGAACCACGAGUGGAUGGACGCGGAGACUAGAAAAUCUGCAGAAGAAAAAGCAAACGCAAUUACAGACAUGAUUGGAUUUCCCGACUUCAUUUUGAACCCUAAUGAAUUGGACGAUCGAUACAAAGACUUGUCAAUAAAAGUCAACGAGUACUUUACCAACAAUAUCAGGGUUAAUCAGUACAACUUGAAGAGGAAUUUGGAGAAACUAGAUCAACCUGUGAACAAGACCAGCUGGAUCAUGACGCCGCCGACCGUCAAUGCAUACUACACUCCAACUAAAAAUCAAAUCGUAUUUCCAGCCGGGAUUCUGCAGAGUCCUUUCUACGAUAUUAAAAAUCCGAAGAGUCUAAACUUUGGGGGAAUCGGUGUUGUCAUGGGACAUGAACUUACGCACGCGUUUGACGAUCAAGGAAGAGAAUACGACUUGCACGGUAACCUUCACAAAUGGUGGAACAACGCAACUAUCGAAAGAUUUAAAAACAGAACAGAAUGCCUUGUCGACCAGUACAAUAAAUUCGAAAUAAAAGGAAGACACAUUGACGGGAGGCAAACGCUUGGCGAGAACAUAGCGGAUAAUGGCGGAUUGACUGCAGCGUACCAUGCUUAUCUAAAAACCCCAAAAGACUACAAGGAUCACUUGCCUUUACCAGGCCUUAAUCUGACUCAUCGGCAAUUAUUUUUUGUCAGUUUUGCUCAGGUUUGGUGUUCGGCGGUAACAUCCGAGGCUGUAGGUCUCCAGAUAGAGAAGGACUCACACUGCACAUCGAAGUACAGGGUCGUUGGGCCUUUGUCAAACUCGCCAGAGUUUGCGAAGGAGUUCAAUUGUCCUAAAGGUUCAAAAAUGAAUCCCACUGAUAAAUGCGAGAUAUGGUAAAGAGAAGAAAAUUGGACAUAAAGUACAGCAGUCAAGUUACAGUCUAACGCAGGUAACGAAGUCACAGGUUCGUUAUAAAGAGUUGACCGAUUGUUUCCUAAUCUUAUUCAUACGGAAGCUACUUGAGAGUUUUCGAUAUGGUAAAGAGGAAAACCGCGACGAUAAACACAGGUAACAUUGCGAUUGUUGUAUGAAUAUUGCUUAUUCCAAUGGUCCAUUAACAGCAUAACUUCUUUGAAUCAUUUUAUAUGCUGACAAUGAGGUAUAAAUUCACCUAAUUUGUCGAUGUGUUGUUGCUAGUUGGAAUCAUGUCAAAUAUUGGGGAAGCGGGGGACAUGCAUUUUAUGUAUUUACGAUGUCCACGUUGACCAAGCAGCCUAUAUGAGUUUUAAUGUCUCGUUACUUUUAACUAUAAACACAACAACUAAUCGUUCAUUUUUUAUUGUUAUCUGUUAAAUUCAAGUAACAGACGAUUGUAUGUUGACCUAAAAGUAAAAUGGAAAAGUGAGAAGAGAUAACCAAAGCGCUUUUUGUUAAAAUAUAUGAUCAAAUUACGAAUAAUUAUACCUCCAUAUUAGAUAAUAUUUAAUUUAAUAUAAGAGAAGAACAAAAUGAGUCAAGUGACAAAGAGAAGAAAAUAAAAACAUCUUUCAAUAGCUGUUAGAGAGUAUGCUUUAAUUUUCAGCUUUAGCAGGCACGCUAGAGCUGCAGAAAUAUAUGUACAUUACAUGAGUAGAUAGCCGAGAUUUUUGUAAAAUUGAAGAGAAAAAAAAGAAAACCAAAAUCGAAUCAAACAUACCAAAGAUUAAUGAGAAGUUUUUGUUUGUUUUCUUUUGUUGUUUUAACGGUAUUAGAUUAUUAUUAAGUGACGUCCAUAUCUAUAAUAUAUUACUCGGUGAUGCUGAUCAAGAGUGAAUAUAUGAUUGAAAAUAAUAAAAUAAAAGUGACGAAAAGAAUUCAAAAAAAUUUUCGCUUUUUUGUAUGAUAAAUAAAUCAGGCAGUUUGAAUAGUUAUAAACACACAAGUAUAAGAAGCUGUGAAAAGUCUUGAGAAAUUAUUUUGGGAAAAGGUGUUUUACCUGUAAUUCAUAUUUCGAGAUAACAUGUGCCGAAAGAAAUGAUAAGAUAUGAAAGAGUCGCAAGAGUAUUUUUCCUUCUUCGCUAGUUCACUCAGGAAUUUAAUUUCUGAGGUAAAGACGUUGUGCCAUACAGCAAAGUUUUGACAAAACUAGAAUUUAAAUUAUUAUGAGGUACGAAAAUUUGUAAAGUUAUAUAUAUAUAAUCAGAUUGAAACAUUGUAUCACUUGUAGCAUGACAUUGAAAGGAAUUCUUCUAUCUUUGUUUGACUUGAAAUUCUUAAAUCUAGGACAAGGUUAAGAUGUAACAGAGAACAGGCAUUUUUAAAAUUCUGCAUCAUACAUCUUACUUGAUCAUUUGAGGAGAAUUAAUACUUUUGUAUAACGUUAGCUGAGAAUGUAUGACUAAUUUGAACAGUCGCGAGGGGGAAAAAAGGUAACGAUAGAAACGUUGAGUUUACGAGUCUUAUCCACAAGCUGAUAUACAUAUAUGCAUACCUAAAUAUACACAUAUAAAAUAUGGUAAAAGAAACGUUUCUUGAAUAAACUAGCAAGCAUUGUACCUAGUACCCAUGAAUAUCGAAGCAAUCGAAUAUUUUCAAACCAGGUGGAAUUACCUAUAUAUAUAUAUACGGGUAUAUGUAUAUAUAUAUACGUAUACAUUUACCCGUUGAUAACAUGUCUUAUGAUGAAAACAUAUCGGUGAAAUUUCAUUUAAAAAAACUUAGCUAACUGGCCGUAAAUCCCACAUUUAUGUAUAAAUAUAAGUUAUAUUUGGACUCCUCGACUUUUCUUUAUUGCUUCUCGGCAGCUAACUCCAAUUAAACUAUGUGUAUUAAUUUUGUGUUACUACUGUUUAGUUUGUGACGAUCAUUGUAGUUAACCAUGUAUUUCGACCGAAGUAUUUACAUCCUUGUUACAUAUACCAUACGCACAUCGCUGUUAUUCAGAACUAUCAUAUUCACGUAACACGUACGUUUGGAAAAUAAUUAUCGAUUUCGAGAGCAAACAUCGCCUCAAAAUAGUAUAUCAAACAAAAGAACAAAACCAGGCGCAGUGAAAAAAGAGAAAAAAAUACCAAUAUGUAUGUGUGGUUUUAAAAUCUGAUACAAUUUAUACAUCAUUAUUAUUGUUGUAUGUACUUAUUGUAUUUUAAAUUGCAAGAAAAAAAAUAUAUAUUUACUUACGUUUAA